UAGUGCACGAUGGGACACAUCGUGUCCGCAGACGGGUGGGAAAAUCAAAAUGGCUGCCGACAGGUCCAGACGUUACCAAAAGAUUGACUUUCUUGGCGAAGGACAGUUUGCCACUGUGUACAAAGCAAAGGACACCAAAACAGGACAGAUUGUUGCUGUGAAAAAGAUUAAAUUAGGGCAAAGAGCCGAGGCUAAAGAUGGUAUCAACAGAACAGCUCUUAGAGAAAUUAAGCUGCUUCAAGAACUCAGUCACCAAAACAUAAUAGGGCUCUACGAUGUGUUUGGGCACAAGUCCAACAUUAGUCUUGUCUUUGACUUCAUGGACACAGAUAUGGAGGUGGUUAUUAAGGAUACCAGUAUUGUAAUGACAGCACCACAUAUUAAGGCCUAUGCCAUCAUGACAUUAGAAGGGCUGGAAUACCUCCACAACAAUUGGAUAUUGCAUAGGGAUUUGAAGCCUAACAAUCUCCUGGUCAACAGUCAGGGGAUCCUGAAAAUCACAGAUUUCGGUUUGGCCAAAACAUUUGGCAGCCCCAACAGGGUCUACACACACCAGGUGGUCACUAGGUGGUACCGUGCUCCAGAGCUGUUAUAUGGAGCCAGGAUAUAUGGCACAGGGGUGGACAUGUGGGCUGUGGGCUGUAUCCUGGCUGAACUCCUACUCAGGGUUCCUUUCCUUCCUGGGGACUCUGACAUCGACCAACUUAGCAAGAUUUUUCGGGCACUUGGGACUCCCUCAGAGGACACCUGGCCUGGGAUGAAGGCCCUCCCAGACUAUAUAGAGUUUAAACAGUUUCCAGGCACCCCGCUGAAGGACAUCUUCACGGCAGCAGCUGAUGACCUGAUCUCACUGCUGGGGAAACUCCUCUGUCUCAACCCUUCUCAGAGAUAUAACUGUUCUCAGGCCCUACAGAUGCCAUAUUUCAGCAACAAACCUGGGCCAACACCCAACCCUCAGCUGCCCCUCCCCUCUGGAACAUCCGCAGAAAUCCUCAAGGAGGACCACAAGGUCAAGGUUGGGGUCAAGAGGAAGUUACCAGCAGACAGUGACCCAAAUCUUAAGAAGAAGCUGGUAUUCUGAUCUUGAAACUGCAAUAAGGACUGAUGCCUAAUGACUCCUCGGCACAUGGAAAGAUCAGGUACAUACAUGUAAUUGUGUCUGGUGGUUGCCAGGUGUUCUGUUGGCACUACAUGUAUGUUGUGCAAAAGGGCACUGACAGAAACUUACCACAGGGUCCCAUUUCCACUAGCAACUGUACAAUGAACAUGAUAUAAUAAUUACAAAAUGAUGCAUGAUGCAAAAGUAGUAUCUAAAAACUACAACACACAGAACGUUAAGAAAUUUGUUGAUUCAUUCCUUUAGUGAUGUAUCAAGUUUUUGGUCGCUCAUUGGUCACAGCUUAUAGUGAGGAAGGGGUGUAGGUAAACAAAAAUCUCUGUUCUUUAUCUAGGUGCCAAUUUAAGUUUGUAUAUGAGAAAAUAAUGACAUUACAUGUACAUGCAAAUAAGAUACAUUUAAUAUUACUUGAAGAAAUGUGCAUCAAUAUUUAUAAAGUUCCUUUUUAAUAAAAGAAACAAGUGGAAAUCGUAAAUGGGUACUAAGACGAGUCAGAUUGCAUAUAAAUAACUCUGAAGAAUGAUAAUUGUGCACAAAUUUUUGUCAGAAAUUUAUGUCAGCAAUGUCAGGUAUUACUAUCAAAAGAUUUAAACAUUUAUUUGCAUUUUUCCAUACCGUCCUUCUGUGUGAUACUUUUGGUUUAUUGUGUUUGCAUUCUAUACUUAUGUUAAGUAGGUUAUUCAGAAAAAUUGAUGUUUAACAUAUUCAAUGUCAGAAAUAUGAAGUUUCUCCUUCAACUUGUUCCAUCCUUGUUGUGUGGUUCAAGAAAUAUUAUUUCAGACAUUUUUUUCACAUGAAAUAAGAUAUGCACUAAAUACUGUAACAGGAACUAUAUUGACGUGAUUAUAACACAGUCAUGAAACUAAUCUGAUGAAUAAUUUUGAUGUGUGCCUGCUUUUUUAUUUAACUAAUUUUACUGAUAUUACCAUACUUUUGUUCCGCUCAGGUUAUACAUUGUGUGUACAAUGUAUAUUUCAGGGGUAAGACUCUUAUCUGAUUGAAUUGGUGACAGUAGAGAUCCUGAUUGGAGUCUUUGUCCGAGUAUAAAGGCUUGUUAUAUGUAAUGGUAAAAAUAACUAGAUGUGUAUUAAAGAGUAAAACACCUGCUAUUCACGUAAGAAUCUAAAACACCAUUUUUAUUGUCACUGACCACAAUACUGACUUGGAUACAAAUAUUUACUGUACACUAUGUGUGAUAGUGUAAUGGUCCAUACAAGUGUGUUAAAUACAUUAAAAGUUGAAGACACCUAAAUUGUUAGAUGUUGGUUACACAAUGCAUUGUGUAAUACUAUAAUGAUCAAACUGUAGCCAGCAUUGAGAAACCAUAAGUUUGUAUUAACUUUGAUCCUUUUCUUAGUUUUAAAACCCAGUAACCCAUAAUCCAUAGACUAGCUAACCUUUGUCUCUUGGAUAGAGACAUUUUCAGAAUGGUCUGGAUAAUGCCUUGUCUUUCUGUACAUUGCUUAGUGGAACGUGUAAAAAAACAAUACAAUAUGAAAUUGCAAUAUAUCAAACAAACCGAUGAAACAUACAUAUGACGUGAAAAAAUGGUAAGUAGCCUUGCUGCUGAUAACAUGUACAAUGUACCUGUCAA